CAACAGCCGAUUCGCUGCAGCUGUCGGGACUGAAUCUCAAAGCGGGAAUAUCGUUGUCUACAGGUGUCUCAGUCUAGAAGAAUGCCUUACCUGAAAGGGUCAGAUUCGGAUUAUGGUCCGGUCUACAUUCGGGAGAAAGGAGAGCUACGUCUGAUUGCUGAUCCUGUGAAUGUUGAGAAGGUUGGCCCAUGCAAGAUCAAGCCCCACAGCCACUUAAAGAAAUGCGGCUCAGUCAGGUUUUGCAACCGUGAGGGAGACCAGACUACAAGCACCAAGAACAAUGACCCUGUCUUCCUUACACUACGAUAUUCUGCAAAGCCUCUCUUUGACAUUGCUUUAGGAUUUGUUGCAGACAAUGUUCAGUAUAUAGAUUCCCUUAUUGGCUUUCCAGAACAGGUGGCCAAAAAGCUCUUUGCUGCAGCAGAAGAAAGAAAAAAAUUUGUCGAUCCUGGCGCAGGACUCCAAGCUUUGCAGACAUUCAGUAAGGCAUAUGGAAGCCUAGUGCUCAGUUCCCUUUGCCUAAAAAGCAGGUACCUUCUGGUGUCUGAGAAACUGGAAGAGAUUAAAUCCUUCCAGGGAUUGUCAUGCCUGGAUCUUUCCAGCUGUCAGCUUGGGGAUGACCAUGAGCUUCUGCAGCACCUAACCACAGAGGCUCUGUCAAGUCUAGUCAAGCUUGGUUUGGGGGAUAACUGCCUGUCAGACAGUGGCCUUCGGAAGAUGACAGCACCAGUCAGAGUUAUGAAGAGGGGCCUUAAAAACCUGGAGCUUUUAGAUUUGUCCUGUAACCCGAAUAUUGGUGAACUGGGAAUUGGAUAUCUGUGUUGCUUUAAGAAACUGUCUGUGUUAGAUAUCUCGGGAGCAGGAGCAAAGCUCAGUGAGUCACUAUUACAAAUGCUACAGAAUAAGAUGGGUCUAGUUCCUGCUGACAGUCCUCUGCAAGACUUUUCUCAUGCACACUGCAAAACAGAAGGCUGGGCAGAACAGGUAAUUGUCCAGUGGAACAGCAUUAUUUCUGACUCUGCAAAACCAAGGAUAAGCUUCAUGCCAAGAACGGUAGCACAACGCUUCUAUGGCAAAGAAACAUCAAUGAAGGGGGUACUUGCACCACCAUCUCUGGCAUUCAAUACUAAAGAAACAGCGAGCAAGGUGAAUAUGCAGUUUCACAGAAAGCCUCUUCAGGACAUCUGUGCUAUAGCAUACGAUGGAAGCUUGCCUGGCAAAACCUCAGCAAUACAGAACAGCAAGAAGAGAGACUUAGAAAUCCUAGUCCAGGACAAUGCAGUGCCUUCUGCAAAACGCCAGUGUCCCCCACAGUUAACUCUUGAGGACUGGCACUUAUUAGACAGUUAUUAGAAUUUUAUAUAUAUGUAUGUGUGUGUGUGUG